AUGCCUCUCGUCAAUGUCACUUCGGUCGCGGCCGUCCUCCUGCUCCUCUACCUAUCCUCCUUUAUCCUACUUGCGAUUUUGAGGAUUGCGACCGGCAUAUCAAUUCAGCGCAUUGGCUACUUUAGCUUGAGGCACAUUUCAUACACCCCAAGAGAAGGACUGAGAAUAGAUCUGCGAGGUGUUGGACUGAGCUUGCGUAGGCCUACCUUCGCCCAGCCAACAUGGAUCAGUAUUGUGUUCGAAGAUUUGAAGCUCACCAUUGAUCCGACCGCGUUGGAAAACACAUCCACAAAGACGAAUUCACAGCACAUCACCAAAGGGAAGCUGGAGCAAGACGCAGACUUACGCCGGCAUAGCGGACACAAGAGCCAGCUUUGGAAGAAGCUGACCAACAUCAAAGACCACAUCAAACGCCUGCACCGCAAAAUCCGUGUUUGGCGCAUGUUUGAUGUCAGUGCCUAUAACACAUCUGUGGAGAUUGUUGGUGUCGGCUAUGUACAGAUUUCGACCUUCACUGCGGCUGUUUACACCAGACGGAAGCUCCUUGAUCGUGGACGACUCUUCCGACACAAGAAGGACCCUCUGGGAGACCAGAAGCCUGCGGAAUGGGUUUUUACAGUCAAGAGCAUUCAGAUGGGAGUUGGUGGCCGUGAUCCAAUCGAGAUACUCGAUGCGCUGACAAUUAACGUGCAUGGCUUGCUUUACAAGGACAAGGAAGGCCUCCGGGACACUUCAAUCGCGAUCAAAGGCGGCCGAGUCUAUGUACCUGUCGAUGAGCUUAUUCACUUCUCGCGGAAGGGUAAAAGGACGACGAAAGCCUAUGAGCCCUAUGAUGUGCUAAGUCCUAUCGAUGAGAUUUCGUUCGAGGAUGUGGCCGGAGAACUGGACAGUCCCGGAAGUCGUGAGGCUGCUAUCGUGCAGACCGUAGCAGACUCAAAAGAGUUUCUACGUUCUGCCCUUCAGAGCAUCCAGGAGAUUCAGGUCGGUAUGAGCUUUGUACGCAUAUCGAAAGAGAUUGUGUCACUCAGGCAAGCCAAUCUUCCGCUGGUCGCCAACGUCGUCAUCCACGAAAUUGGCAUUGACCUGCAUAGGCUCGAGCAAAAUUCGCCUGCACAUCGCAUGUACUUUCAGAGGGAGGACACCGCUCAUCAAGCCCUGCUUGCCGCUCUGUCAAUCUCUGUCAGCCUUGACGAAGAUGACUCUCCCCCGAACAGGGUCAUGUACAUACCCAUGGCUACGACCACUAUCAGGACAACUCUACCAGCUAAGACUAUGAAUUUCGCACAAGACCGAGACGUUGCCGAAAGGAACAGAAAUAUCCUGUUUGCCAAUCUUGUUGUCACAUCACCAUCGCUCGACUUAGCACCACAGCACCUUAUGAAACUGUUGGCUCUCACUCAGCAAGGCCAUAAAUCUCAAGGUCAAGCUCCUCGUAAUCACCACCGUCUCAUCUCAAGAUUGCUUCCCAAAGCUAGCAUCAAGUUCUCCAUCCAUGAACCAGUGCUCAGAUUUGUGUUGCCAGUCGCAAAUCCUGCUCACGCUGGCCCAGGCGAGUACGACAUGAUCAUUUCCUCCAUCUCCUCCAUCUCUCUGGACGUCGAAUCCUCUCACUCAGCAGGUGGAGAGUUGUUGUAUUCUCUUGGGUCGAGCUUCCGCGUCCUAUCACAUAAAUUAUAUUAUCAAGCUUCAACAGGCACGACGCACAACUUAAUCAUUACCGAAGCUUUGGAACUCAAGAUUCAACUCACUGCAUCGACGAAUGUCUCCGUCACGCUCCAAGGAAAUUUGCGGACUUUCUCCAUUCUCAUGGUUCGAGACGAAGUAAGCAAGGCAAUCUAUAAUAUAGUGAGGCACUUCAAACAUCGUGCUCCUGAGGAUAAAGCGGCCGUCCCAAAGUUGCCUUCCACAGCCUUCUUGCGGAAACUUCCUGCCUGGCUUAUCGAGGCAAGCUUCGAAGGUUCUGGUUGCAGCCUCGAGGUUGCGGGCGUCGACCCUAGCGUCUCUGCCCAAACACGAGGUGCUGCCUUUGAGCUUGAAUCCUGGUCAGCCCACUACACAUCGGCAAAAUCAGAUUCAGGACGAAAGACGAAAGGACGGAAAGUCAGCACUUCAGUCCGCUAUGAUGAGACAUUUUCAGCGGACAAAGGUGUCUACUCUUCUCCUUCACCACAAAAGCAUCACCAUAGUGAUCCCACGGAUGGAAGACGACUCGCAUGCCAUGUCAAGGGCUUUGACGGCUUCAUCAUCGAAUCCCUUGAUCGGUGGGAACCGACGCCAUUCAUGUCUAUCCCACGACUUGAAACUGCAUUCAGCACAUCAAGGGAUCAGCAAGGACCAUUGUUCCACAUUCACUCCUCUAUUCGUGCGUUCUAUUUGGACUUCUCCCUUUACAGAUUCUACUCGAUAGGUGUUGCAGGUUUCGUUGUGAAAGAAGCGUUCCUGGGACCAGUCCCGAUCAAACAAGAUACACAACAUCAUCCGAAAACAGCAGAUCACCACGCUGUCCAUGGGCAUCUGCCUGCAUCUUUGGACACAGAACUUUUUGCAAUCGACGUCAAGGCGCAUUACGUGCAAGUCAAGGCUGAUAUGCCACAUGAUCCCCAGAUGAUGCUCCAGAUCUACCAAGUCUCGGGAGGCCGACACAGAUGGGCGGCUCCCUUCAUUAAGGCCGAACUUGCCCGUUUGCACGCGGAAGCGCCGCACCUCAAACGAAUUUGGGCGCGUAUCGUCAGCAUCAGCAAUGUGCGUGUAGAUCUGCGCCACAACAAGAAGAAGACGCAGCACGGCAUGAUUGAAGAGAAAACCAUCGACGUCUCGACCGACUUCAUUCGUUUAGCAGUACCGCACGGGCUCCAAAUGUACAGGGUUUUUGACAACUUCAUCAACACUUCAAAGGCCAUGAAACAGCUGCAGCACCGGUUCCAGACACGGUCCAACGAGUAUGUGCUCGCGAAGCACCCCGUUUCUCCUGUUAAGGUUCCUCGAAUCUCGCUUCGGUCCAAAGCCCUUUGUUUCGAGCUGGAAGAUGACCCUUUCGAAUGGAAACUUGGUGUGAUCUAUCACGUUGGCCGCAUUGAGCAGAAGCAACGCCUUGCCCGUGAAGAUGCCUUCCGCUUGAAGGUUAAACGAAUGAAUGACGAGAGGCGACCUCGGUCAUCGUCCCGACUGCGGGCCCAAUCCGCUCACUCAAGCCGCCGUGGCUCUCCCAACGCCACCCCUGAUCGUCAUCAUCAUCGACGUUCCCGGAGUGUUGACACUGGACCGAGAGCCACCACGCCGAGAAAACGAUCUAUCUCCAGGGGGAGGCGCGGCAGAGACUCGCAUCGAAUUCGAUACGAUCGUGAAGGCGUGUGUUCACUGACAACCCAUGCCAAGAUAGAAGCAAGUGAGGCGUGGGAAAAGCUUCAGGAGCACAAUUCCCGGAGCUGGAAAAGACGGAUCGACUGGAUGCUUCGUCUGCAGAACAACACCGUGAAAAGUGUUCGACAGCUGUUCAUGGGCGCAGAUGAACCCCCUCACGACGACCAUGAGACCGAGACGAUUCUUGGCAUUCCGAACCGCCCUGGCUUGAUGACCUUGAUCAUCAGUGACCUGCACCUCAUCGUUGACAAGCCUUCUUUUCCGGAAGCUGACCUACCCAAAUUCCUCCAUGAAAUUGGCAAAGGCAUGCCGUACGACAUGAAGUACGGAUUGCUGAUUCCUACAAGCCUGAGUCUCGAUAUGGGAGAGGCUCGUGUUUUCCUUCGAGAUUAUCCCCUUAACCUUCUUCAUAUUCCCGCCAUACGCCCUGGACAGCCAGCUCGCUUGCCAAGCUGGUCUCUCAGAACAGACUUUGUGAUUGCAGAAGAAUUUCGAGAUGAGAAUUCUAUCAAGCAUGUUAAAGUCGAGAUCGUCCCCAAAGGGCAGCAUGGAGAACACGGAGAAGAGAUUCCUGCCUUUGCGAUUGACGUUAGAAGGACGGUGGCCCCGGUCAAAAUGUAUUCAAAGCCUGUUAUCGACAUCAACACUAGCCUACCAACCACCAUUUCCUGGGGUACAUCCUACCAACCCGUGAUACAAGACAUGAUGAUGAUCAUUGAGAGCUUCACGAAACCUGAAAUAGACCCUUCCGAGAGGGUCGGUUUCUGGGAUAAGAUUCGGCUGAGCUUUCACUCGCGGCUUGUUGUGAAUUGGAAGGGGGACGGAGAUGUUCAGCUCCGACUAAAGGGUACGAGAGAUCCAUAUAUUGUUACUGGAUACGGUGCUGGCUUUGUCAUGUGUUGGCGCAACGAUGUACAGUGGUUGAUACACCAAGUGGAUGACCCCCGAGAGUUCAUGACUGUGAAAAGUGGUGAAUUUAUAUUGGCCAUUCCCGACUACAGCCACGAAGCCCGCAACACACCAGAGCAGAGAGCAAGCAAUGAUUCAGACAGCGUAUCUAGCACCAGUUCUACGAAAAACUCCGCCAUUUUCAAAAAGGUCAUCAUGAAGUUAUCGGGGAAUGUUCAAUGGACUGCUGGCCUGGUCUUUGAACGGGAUUUGCCAGACGGGAGCCGCACUUCAGAAUCCAGACAUCAUUACGAUGUGGUAUUGAGGAAUCCCCUCUUUCUCCAGGACCUCGAUUUGAAUUCCUAUGACGCGUUCCGUGGUUUCCGCAGUCAUCAUGUACAUCUCUCCUUGGCCGUUGCUGCACCAUACGACAAAAACUGGGUUGGUGCAGACUCAGCACCUUCCGAAAGCUACAACAGCGUCCAUCUGAGUCCGAAAUUCUUUUCUCACUUCUUCAACUGGUGGUCGACCUUCUCUGGCGUGAUGUCUCUACCAGUCCGGCAAGGUUCACUGUGGAGAGGUCAGGGAAAGACCAGCAAGAAAUUUGGACGACACCUUUCAACGAUCAAAUACAACCUUCUGCUGUCUCCUCUCUUCAUCUCGCACGUUUACAAACACAAGGAUGCUGAAGAUUAUCAAGCUGACGUUGUCUCUGCAACCGGCUUAAAAAUCAAGAUUGAUAGCUUCAUGCUGGACCUGCAUCAGCGCAGAGAGUAUUUUAAUACCAUGGCAAAGGUACGGGCAAAACAAAUGAGGACCAGCGGCAUGAAAAUCUACAAGACUGAACUUGAUUUUGUACGGGCGGACUUGAGGGCUGUGGCAGCACUCAUUGCAGGGACAACGGCGGAAGACAUUCAAAAUGCAAGCGAGGAAACACUCUCUUCCUUGCAAGAAGUGCCUGCGAACAUCGACCUGUCCCAAUUCACCAUUCCAGAUCAGGAUCUAUCGUGGAUUGACAUGGACGACUUUGUGGAAUUAGAUUGGGUGUUACCCGCAGAGUCGAACCCGGAAACCAAGAUCCUGCCAUUGGCUUUCACUCCGCGUUUCACCUACUUCCGACAGACCGAUCAUGGAGGUGCCAUUCAGGGAGACGAGUCCCGUACGAGUCCGUUUGGCGACGAGGACACACACUUCUGCGUGAUGGGCCGUGAUAAUAACCCAAGAAAGGUUCAGAUGAAUCUUAUCGAAACAAGGCUGCACGAUCUCGAAGACAGGCUUCAAACCCACGUGCGCAUUAUGAACGAGCACGAACUUCUUUUAGUUAGAGAAGGAGAUCACAACCAAGCAGUCCGCGACAAACAUGAGCUUCUCGUCGCACAACAGAAGGAGUUAGAAAGCAAACGACGAUUCCUCCAACAUGGACUCCGACGUCUGAUCGGCCAUGCAAACCCAGGCGAGGUUCAACAUGUCGACAAUACUACGCCUCCCAAUGGAGACGUGACGAAGUCUACGCCGGACUUGGAAGGACAGACACCUGGAACUCCUCAAAUGGACAUGGACGGGUUGUAUUCAGCUCCUCACGAUGAAUUUGCGAGUGACUUCAACAACCGCUUCAUCAUCCAUAAUGUUCAGCUAAAAUGGAACAAUUCAUUGAGAAAUAUCAUCCUGCGUUACAGCCACCAAGUCAGCCAACGCCGAGGUUUUGUAUACUACAUGUCACGCCGCGCCGUUAAAUUUAUCCUCGACAUUGUUGACGAGCAGGCGAAGGCCAAGGAACAGCGGCGCAGACAAGAGAGGAAGAAUCAACCGCCGGUUCCCCCCACGCCGAGUGUCAUCUCCCCGAGUGAGGAGAAAGAUGAGGAUUCCGUGAUAGAAGACCGGAUUAACCAGCUUCUGAAUGAUGUGAAACGGUUUGUCCAAGUCCCCGAAGGAGAUGUGGAUGAGGAAUCAAAGCGCCCUGCAGCCGAGUAUGACGAUAUCGAGCGGAGGUCGUCGACUGCUGAUCUCGGUGACAAGAUUGCAGAGAACUUCCAGGCGAUGAAUAGCUAUCACCUGCGUCUGAUCGCUCCCCAGAUUCAACUCCAGAGUGAGAAGAACACCAAGGCUAUCGUGCUCAUAUCGGCAAAAGGAAUGCAACUAAAAGUUGUAUCUAUCAUGGAUAAAGCUCGCAUGUCGGACGACGUCAGUGGCCUUGUUCAGCGUCGCUUCGCACUUGACAUGGAUGGAGCACAAUUCUUCGUGGCCACGCAAAAGACAUUGGCCAGGUAUCUCCAUCUGUACUCGGGCAACAGAUAUGGCAACUCUCCUGGAUCGUCGUGGCCACCCUGGGUUUCUCUUGAAGCCAUGUUCGAUUUCCAUCUAGAACCUUUCGGUUUCCAAAGAGUGAUUCAGAAGACUUCUGCAGGCCUCCGAUACGAGAAGUACAAUCCCCUUCGCCUAAAAUACAACGAGGAGGUUGAGAGCAACGAAAACGGAGAACCCAAUGAUGCCGCACGAAGAGAAAACCGAAUUGAUCAGUUAUGGGUUGACUUCCCCCGGAUUCGUGCUCGGUGCGACUCCACUCAGUACUACGCGAUGUACAUCAUAGUCCUUGACCUGUUGCUAUACAGUGAACCUUUGGAGAAGACAAGAAGCGAACGAUUGGAGAAGAUAAUGCUCGCAUCUGACUUCAGUGAUUUGCGAGGCGCCCCUGAGAUGGCUGAAAGCCUCCAAGAACGCAUCCGACAGCUCGAAGACAUCAAACUUCAUUUCCAGAUCCAUGCCAAAUAUCUCGACAAGCAAGGCUGGCAAGAUCGAAUCAAUCUUGAGAAGGACCUUGCCAGUUGCGAAGACGAAUUGUUCUUUAUUAUGAAAGCUAUCAAUACGUCUCAGCAAAAGAGCGAAGACCGGAAAGUCUCUCAAUCAAGUGGUCUCUUGCGGUGGUAUCUCAGUGCCUCUGAGAUUGUGUGGCACCUCAUGCGUGACAAGGACGAACCUCUCCUGGAGUUUCAAUUGGGCAACGCCGCAUAUGAGCGGAUUGACAACACUGACGGCUCCAAUCACAAUGCCUUGGAAGUGGAACACAUCAGAGGCUGGAAUCUCCUGCCCAAUGCACUGUACCCGGAAAUAAUUGGACCCUACUACGAAGCAUCAGAAAAGGACAGGCGACCUAGCAUUGUGGAGUCUCAAAAAAUGCUCCAGGUACACUGGUACAUGCUCGAAGCCAUUGCUGGUAUUCCCGUACUGGAACGCUUCCAGGUCACCGUCUUCCCACUAAAAGUGCAGCUCGAACGUGAACUUGGCAAAAAGCUCUUCGAAUAUAUAUUCCCUGGCGUGGGGUCGAAUGCCUUUGAGAACGGCAGUUUUUCUCCGCUCAUGGUUAAGAACAUGGAGCCCACGGAUGACGGAGACGAUCAAGAGUUUGUGGAAGCACACAGUGCGUUAAUGUCGGAGCAGGAUCUUCAGAGCCCGAGCCCAGACAAAACUCGUAAUACUUCACCGGGUGCUGUGGCAAGAAGGCUGAAGCCAACCUACGGCCUUGAUGAUGAUGAGAAGCAAAAAGACUUGGCCUCCUCCUCUCAUGGCAAGAACAAAGGUCUCGGUAUCUCGGGGGAUCACCACAAAUUCUUCAAACACUUCAACAAGUCCGAGACUCGCUCUGUGUUCAAGGAGAAGGAACCUACGCGCAAAGGAUCCUCAACCAGUCUGGGAUCCGCAAAGAAACACGAUGCAUCAUCUACAAGUCUGAUUGCGCUUGGCUCCAGUGACGGGGGAACAGAGAGAAAGCGCUUCCCCAUACACAGGACUGGCAGCAAAGAACGCAGCGCCACUGGCAAGAAGGACAAAAAGGACAAGGCUCCCACAGCCAAUGACGACCUCUCCCAGAUGAUGUCUCGUGCGUCCAACUACAUGACGCUUGCGCACGUCAAACUCAACAGCUUUGUCGUCUGCCUCUCGUAUAAGGGCAAAUCGGAUCGCAACUUCGAGGAUCUGCACGACUUUGUAUUCCGCAUGCCAACGCUCGAGUAUCGGAACAAGACGUGGUCAAACUUGGAUCUUGCGCUCAGGUUGAAAAAGGAUGUGAUCAGAGCAUUGAUUAGCCACACUGGAGCGAUUAUUGGGAACAAAUUCUCGCAUCACCGACCCAGUAAGAAACAGGUCGAACGACUCAAAGAGAUAGCGCAUUCAAGCACCAUUGCGAAUUCAGACAUUAAUCUUCAGCUCUCAGGAACUUCAGAGACGACAAGUCUGUAUAGCUUCUCGCAGGACGGGAGGGAUGAUGAUUUCGAGUCCUCGGGUAUAUCAUUUCAGUCGCCGCCCGGAACGAAUGGGCAUCACAAGGGAGGCACUUUCCAUGGGCCUAGCCCCUUACUGCGGAGCGGGUCGUGGUCUUCGAGCAUCAAUCUACCAUCUAUGGGGGCCACGGGUAGUGGGACACUCAUAGGUACCACACCACGUUCAGUCCCCAGCACUGCUGGCGGAGGUGGCGGAGGAGCCGUUGGUGGAAAUGGAGUCGUCAAUAACACAUCCUCGUUCUUUUCACGACCGCGAUCUGCGCAUCCGAGCUCCGCAACAAACUCCAGUCCGAAUCUCAACAGUCCCAACAAUUCCCCUUCGACCCCAAGCAGAGGUCUACUAAAGGACACGAUCGGGAGACAUUUCUCUGGAGACACGGUGAAAGGAAGAGUGCAUUUCGGUGGACUCUCAUUGAUCAAAAGUGAAAGUCAUUCGCACCGAGAGAGGAGCGACAGUCGUGGCAGCCACACUCCUAGCACCAAGGAGAGGGAAAGAGAAGUUGGUGGAAAUGAAGAAGGUUCGGCAGGAAGCGUCGCUGGUGGAGUUGUUGGAGGUGCCGGCGGGUUGGGCACAGACAGCGACGCGGAGACCAAAAAACGGGGGAGUGUGUUGAUGCUGGGCAAAAAGGUGUUGCACCGGUUGAGCUAG